GGUUUAAGGGUUUAGAAUAUUCAUUGACUCUUUCUGGGUCAUAGUCUUCCAUAAGAAAUUGAUUAAUUUUUUAACAAAACAGGUAGCACCUGCUCUGUAGACAGGAGGGGGGGGGGUGACCUUCUAUUAAAUCAAUAUCAUGUAGAGCAGGGAACAGCCCAUCAGCUUAGGAAUGAAAAGCAUUACAUUUACAAUGUUUGUAAAGAAGGCUGUGGAUGUGGGGAGUUGAAAUAAACUUCUGUGGCCUAGCAACAAAUACAAGUAAGUUUGAAAUGCAUGUUUAUUAUAAAAACAAUGAAUUUUACAUCUACGUGAUGUGUUAAUGGUCAUAUUUUGUAAAUGUAAAUUGUUUCUGUCUCCAAGAUAAUUGUGCAGAGCAUUCUGCUAAAAUAAAUAAUUGUGAAUGAGAAUGUCAAGCACCAUUGGUUCACAUACAUUUAUAAAUGCUGCCAACAGUUAUGUGAUUACGGCUGAUAAUGAAUUAUGUGAGGACAUUGAUUUUAAUUUCUUUGAUACUGGUGAUGGUCCUUCUACUAUUGGAAAACCUAAUGACAAUAAAUGUGAUGAUAAACAGGAAGAGUCCAAGAAUGGAAAAAUUAUAAAGCUGCAUGUGUUCAAUGUUGAACAGAAAAAUGGCAAAGAUGAAAAACAAUCUGUACAGCUUGGUUCAGUAGAUUUCUCCGCAGAUAUUUCGGAGGACACUGAUAAAUGUAUUUUAAUGAAAGAAGUUACAAGUUCAAAAGAAAAACACUUGAACCUAAGUGAGCUAAUGAACUGUAUAGCCUAUGAUGAAAGCAAAGAUAAAGGCGGUGAUGAUCAUGAUGUUAUUAGUAAAGUGGAAUCACUUUCGCCCGAUUUCCGUUCUCUGAGCACUGAUACCACCUCUGAAAUAACUGAUGUUACCACACGUUCCUCUAGUGGAUGCUCUUCGAUGUCCAAACGUGAAACCACAGAUCAUUUAUCAGACAAGUCUCGUAAGAAUUCAGAGAAAAAGCACCAGAAAUGUGCUGAAGGCUAUGCGGGAACAUCAAUGAAAUUGCUUACGGAUGCAUUGCAUUAUUUUGACAGGCAGAAGAGAAAAUCAGUAGCAUCAAACAUUUUAUCCACUGAGCAUAAAAACAGAUCAGGAAGGAAAAACAUGUCAUUUUCCAAUGAGCAGUACUGGAAAAUUAAAAGAGAAAAUGAGAUACUUGAUGCAAAACUUAAAGUUCUUAGCAAACAACGUCCUAAACAACCGUCUGCGAUCGUAAGUCAACCCAGGUUGUCAAGUUCAGCAAUAAACAGGAAGAAACAGCAAGCAAAAAUUGAUCAUGAUAAUAUGAUUUUGUUGAAGAAAAUAAAACAAGCAAAGCCAUCAGCAAAUAUAACAGCUAGUACUAUGCAAAGAUGAUGCAGGAUUGGUAUAAGAGAAACCAGAUGUAAGAGUUGUCAUCUAUAUUUUGAUAUGAUUUUGUUUGAUGUGUUGGACAAAAUAAGUAUCAGUUUAUAGUGAAGUGAGAUGAAUUGUAUUACACUUUCAUAAAAAAAUUUUCAUAUCCUUUAGAUAGAAUGUACACUCGAUGAACACGAUGUGUUUUAUGUUGGUUGUUAAAUUAUCUUUAAGAAUCACAGGAAAUGUUUCUAGAAGCCAAGUGUAGGUGGACCAACAGUGUAUAUUUUUAUUA